UAAGGAGGAGCCAGGUGGGAGGGGAGGCAGGUACUGCAGGGGGAGAAGAAAGAAGCCGGACAUUAACUCGACCCACUGACAGUAUGAAGUGUUUUGUGGUCCUGCUGGUUUGCAUCUCCAUUGGGUGGGUCCAUUCUCGCACAAUCUUUCAGAAAGAUAAUAUUGCAAGAUCGGGAGAAGCCACACAGAGCUCAACAUACAGACCCGAGUACAACGCUGCCGCCGCUAUUGAUGGUAAUACUGACUCUAAUAUGAGGUACGGCUCAUGUUCCCUCACUGGUAAUGACAACCCGGCUUGGUGGCGGCUGGGCCUGAAGAAGAGGUACAAGGUGGACAAAGUGCUGAUAGUGAACAGAGGGGACUGCUGCAGCGAGCGCCUGUUGGGAGCCGAGGUCCGGGUUGGAGAUUCAGCCGAUAAUAACAACCCAGUAUGCGGCACUGUAACCGACGUCUCUGAACUAUACAUCACUGUCUCCUGUCAUGGGAAGGAGGGUCGGUAUGUCUCUGUGGUUAUUCCCGGGCGUGAAGAAACUCUCCAGCUCUGCGAAGUGAAGGUCUAUGAGUCAGAAAUUCCCUCUAUUUCACUGUUCCGCCUAAUUCGUAUUGGUUAAAGAAGUGGUUAAAGAAGACUUUUGCUCAUUAACCUGAAUGAAUCUGCUGUGAAACAAUAAAUACAAAUGCAGGUUCAGA